AGUUUGCAAAAGCCAGAGGUGCAAGAAGCAGCGACUGCAGCAGCAGCAGCGGCAGCAGCAGCAGCAGCAGCGGCAGCAGCAGCGGAGGCACCGGCGGCAGCAGCAGCAGGAGCAUCAGCAGCAACAACAACAAAAAAAAAAAUCCUCAUCAAAUCCUCACCUAAGCUUUCAGUGUAUCCAGAUCCACAUCUUCACUCAAGCCGGGAGAGGGAAAGAGGAAAGGGGGGCAGGAAAAAAAAAAAAAAAAAAAACCCAACAACUUAGCGGAAACUUCUCAGAGAAUGCUCCAAAACUCAGCAGUGCUUCUGGUGCUGGUGAUCAGUGCUGCUGCAACCCAUGAGGCGGAGCAGAAUGACUCUGUGAGCCCCAGGAAAUCCCGAGUGGCGGCUCAAAACUCAGCUGAAGUGGUUCGCUGCCUCAACAGUGCUCUACAGGUUGGCUGCGGGGCUUUUGCAUGCCUGGAAAACUCCACCUGUGACACAGAUGGGAUGUAUGACAUCUGUAAAUCCUUCUUGUACAGUGCUGCUAAAUUUGACACUCAGGGAAAAGCAUUCGUCAAAGAGAGCUUAAAGUGCAUCGCCAACGGGGUCACCUCCAAGGUCUUCCUCGCCAUUCGGAGGUGCUCCACGUUCCAAAGGAUGAUUGCUGAGGUGCAGGAAGAGUGCUACAGCAAGCUGAACGUGUGCAGCAUCGCCAAGCGGAACCCCGAAGCCAUCACUGAGGUCGUCCAGCUGCCCAAUCACUUCUCCAACAGAUACUAUAACAGACUUGUCCGAAGCCUGCUGGAAUGUGAUGAAGACACAGUCAGCACAAUCAGAGACAGCCUGAUGGAGAAAAUUGGACCUAACAUGGCCAGCCUCUUCCACAUCCUGCAGACAGACCACUGUGCCCAAACACACCCACGAGCUGACUUCAACAGGAGACGCACCAAUGAGCCGCAGAAGCUGAAAGUCCUCCUCAGGAACCUCCGAGGUGAGGAGGACUCUCCCUCCCACAUCAAACGCACAUCCCAAGAGAGUGCAUAACCAGGGAGAGGUUAUUCACAACCUCGCCAAACUAGUAUCAUUUUAGGGGUGUUGACACACCAAUUUUGAGUGUACUGUGCCUGGUUUGAUUUUUUUAAAGUAGUUCCUAUUUUCUAUCCCCCUUAAAGAAAAUUGCAUGAAACUAGGCUUCUGUAAUCAAUAUCCCAACAUUCUACAAUGGCAGCGUUCCCACCAACAAAAUCCAUGUGAUCAUUCUGCCUCUCCUCAGGAGAAAGUACCCUCUUUUACCAACUUCCUCUGCCAUGUUUUUUCCCCUGCUCCCCUCAGACCACCCCCAAAUACAAAACAUUCAUGUAACUCUCCAGCCAUUGUAAUUUGAAGAUGUGGAUCCCUUUAGAACGGUUGCCCCAGUAGAGUUAGCUGAUAAGAAAACUUUAUUUAAAUGCAUGUCUUAAAUGCUCAUAAAGAUGUUAAAUGGAAUUCGUGUUAUGAAUCUGUGCUGGCCAUGGACGAAUAUGAAUGUCACAUUUGAAUUCUUGAUCUCUAAUGAGCUAGUGUCUUAUGGUCUUGAUCCUCCAAUGUCUAAUUUUCUUUCCGACACAUUUACCAAAUUGCUUGAGCCUGGCUGUCCAACCAGACUUUGAGCCUGCAUCUUCUUGCAUCUAAUGAAAAACAAAAAGCUAACAUCUUUAUGUACUGUAACUGCUCAGAGCUUUAAAAGUAUCUUUAACAAUUGUCUUAAAACCAGAGAAUCUUAAGGUCUAACUGUGGAAUAUAAAUAGCUGAAAACUAAUGUACUGUACAUAAAUUCCAGAGGACUCUGCUUAAACAAAGCAGUAUAUAAUAACUUUAUUGCAUAUAGAUUUAGUUUUGUAACUUAGCUUUAUUUUUCUUUUCCUGGGAAUGGAAUAACUAUCUCACUUCCAGAUAUCCACAUAAAUGCUCCUUGUGGCCUUUUUUAUAACUAAGGGGGUAGAAGUAGUUUUAAUUCAACAUCAAAACUUAAGAUGGGCCUGUAUGAGACAGGAAAAACCAACAGGUUUAUCUGAAGGACCCCAGGUAAGAUGUUAAUCUCCCAGCCCACCUCAACCCAGAGGCUACUCUUGACUUAGACCUAUACUGAAAGAUCUCUGUCACAUCCAACUGGAAAUUCCGGGAACCAAAAAGAUCAUCCCUAUGGGCUUGGACCACUUACAGUGUGAUAAGGCCUACUACACAUUAGGAAGUGGCAGUUCUUUACUCGUCCCCUUUCAUCGGUGCCUGGUACUCUGGCAAAUGAUGAUGGGGUGGGAGACUUUCCAUUAAAUCAAUCAGGAAUGAGUCAAUCAGCCUUUGGGUCUUUAGUCCGGGGGACUUGGGGCUGAGAGAGUAUAAAUAACCCUGGGCUGUCCAGCCUUAAUAGACUUCUCUUACAUUUUCGUCCUGUAGCACGCUGCCUGCCAAAGUAGUCCUGGCAGCUGGGCCAUCUCUGUAGGAUCGUAAAAAAAUAGAAAAAAAAAGAAAAAAAAAAGAAAGAAAGAAAGAAAGAAAGAAAGAGGGAAAAUGAGCUGGUGGUUUGAUCAUUUCUGCCAUGAUGUUUACAAGAUGGCGACCACCAAAGUCAAACGACUAACCUAUCUAUGAACAACAGUAGUUUCUCAGGGUCACUGUCCUUGAACCCAACAGUCCCUUAUGAGCGUCACUGCCCACCAAAGGUCAAUGUUAAGAGAGGAAGAGAGGGAGGAGGGGUAGGACUGCAGGGGCCACUCCAAACUCGCUUAGGUAGAAACUAUUGGUGCUUGACUCUCACUAGGCUAAACUCAAGAUUUGACCAAAUCGAGUGAUAGGGAUCCUGGUGGGAGGAGAGAGGGCACAUCUCCAGAAAAAUGAAAAGCAAUACAACUUUACCAUAAAGCCUUUAAAACCAGUAACGUGCUGCUCAAGGACCAAGAGCAAUUGCAGCAGACCCAGCAGCAGCAGCAGCAGCACAAACGUUGCUGCCUUUGUCCCCACACAGCCUCUAAGCGUGCUGACAUCAGAUUGUUAAGGGCAUUUUUAUACUCAGAACUGUCCCAUCCCCAGGUCCCCAAACUUAUGGACACUGCCUUAGCCUCUUGGAAAUCAGGUAGACCAUAUUCUAAGUUAGACUCUUCCCCUCCCUCCCACACUUCCCAUCCCCAGGCAAGGCUGACUUCUCUGAACCAGAAAAGCUAUUAAAGUUUGUGUGUUGUGUCCAUUUUGCAAACCCAACUAAGCCAGGACCCCAAUGCGACAAGUAGUUCAUGAGUAUUCCUAGCAAAUUUCUCUCUUUUUUCAGUUUGGUAGAUUUCCUUUUUCCUUUAUUUUCCUUUUUUCUUUUUUCUUUUUGUUUUUUUUUUUUUUUGCUGUGACCUCUUCAAACCGUGGUACCCCCCUUUUCUCCCCACAAUUAUAUCUAUAUAUGUAUCUACAAUACAUAUAUCUACACAUACAGAAAGAAGCAGUUCUCACAAUGUUGCUAGUUUUUUGCUUCUCUUUCCCGCACCCCACUCCCUCCGACUCCCCCUUAAACUUCCAAAGCUUCGUCUUGUGUUUGCUGCAGAGUAAUUCGGGGGCUGACCUAGACCAGUUUGCAUGAUUCUUCUCUUGUGAUUUGGUUGCACUUUAGACAUUUUUGUGCCAUUAUAUUUGCAUUAUGUAUUUAUAAUUUAAAUGAUAUUUAGGUUUUUGGCUGAGUACUGGAAUAAACAGUGAGCAUAUCUGGUAUAUGUCAUUAUUUAUUGUUAAAUUACAUUUUUAAGCUCCAUGUGCAUAUAAAGGUUAUGAAACAUAUCAUGGUAAUGACAGAUGCAAGUUAUUUUAUUUGCUUAUUUUUAUAAUUAAAGAUGCCAUAGUAUAAUAUGAAGCCUUUGGUGAAUUCCUUCUAAGAUAAAAAUAAUAAUAAAGUGUUACGUUUUAUUGGUUUC